GCACUGAUAGGCGCUGAUAGACGGCACUGAUUGGCAGCACUGAUAGGUGGCACGGAAAGGCAGCUCAGAUGGGCACUGAUAUGUGGCAUUGAUGUGCACUGAUGAGCACUGACAUAAGGCACUGAUGGACACUGACAGGUGGCAUUGCUGGGGCUACACUGAUUAUCAGGGCACACUGAUCAUCAGUGCCCUGAUGAUCAGUGUACAUGUCCCCUCUGAGGAAUGCUGAUUACCGGCUCU